CCCGCCGGCAGGUGACCCCGGGCCGCCCGCGGGCUGUAGCAUGACCUGACCCGAUGGGCAGCAUCCUCCGCUCCGGCCCCUGCCCCGCGUCUCCGCCAGCGCAGCCCGGAAACGCGCCUCAUGUCUCCCAGAUAAAAAUAAAAGCGACUCCCUCCUCCCCGCUGCAGCGUGUCCCGCACCCCGGCCCGCCCCGGCGCUGAGCGAGCCCGGCCCCCGCCGCAGCCUGACGCGUGCUGCGGGCCGCCCAUGGAUAUUGCAACAGGUCCCGAGUCCUUGGAAAGGUGCUUUAGCCGGGGCCAGUCGGGCUGUGCCAAGAUGCUGGACGGCAUUAAAAUGGAAGAUCACCCCCUGCGCUCGGGCGCUGCUACCUUAGGAGUGUUGCUGGGGUCAGAGUGUCAGAACCAGGCAGUUUGCGAGGGCUGCCAGCGGCCGAUCUCAGACCGUUUUCUGAUGAGAGUCAACGAGUCUUCCUGGCACGAAGAGUGUUUGCAGUGCACCGUGUGUCAACAAGCCCUCACCACCAGCUGCUACUUCCGGGAUCGAAAACUGUACUGCAAACAGGACUACCAACAGCUAUUUGCGGCUAAGUGCAGCGGCUGCAUGGGGAAGAUUGCCCCAACAGAAUUUGUGAUGAGAGCCUUGGAAUGUGUUUACCACUUAAGCUGCUUCAGCUGCUGUGUCUGUGAACGGCAGCUGAGGAAAGGAGAUGAGUUUGUUCUGAAGGAAGGACAGUUGCUCUGCAAAAGUGACUAUGAAAAAGAAAAAGACUUGCUCAGCUCAGUGAGCCCCGAUGACUCAGACUCAGUUAAAAGUGAUGAUGAGGACGGAGAUGUUAAACCAACCAAAGGACAAGCAAACCAAGGAAAAGGGAGCGAUGAUGGGAAAGACCCAAGGAGACCCAAACGACCAAGGACAAUACUUACAACACAGCAGAGAAGAGCAUUCAAAGCAUCCUUUGAAGUGUCUUCAAAGCCAUGUAGGAAGGUCAGAGAAACACUAGCAGCUGAAACAGGACUCAGUGUGCGAGUUGUCCAGGUCUGGUUUCAGAACCAAAGAGCAAAGAUGAAGAAACUAGCACGGAGGCAUCAGCAACAGCAGGAGCAGCAAAACUCUCAGCGACUAGGGCAAGAAGUAAUGUCCAACCGAAUGGAAGGGAUGAUGACAUCGUACACACCACUUGCACCACCACAGCAGCAGAUUGUAGCAAUGGAUCAAAGCAGCUAUGGCACGGACCCAUUCCAGCAAGGUCUUACCCCUCCACAGAUGCCAGGAGACCACAUGAACCCCUAUGGAAACGACUCAAUUUUUCAUGAUAUCGACAGUGAUACCUCUUUGACUAGCUUGAGCGACUGUUUUCUUGCCUCCUCAGAAGUUAACUCCAUGCAGGCUAGAGUAGGAAACCCCAUUGACAGGCUGUACUCUAUGCAGAGCUCAUAUUUCGCCUCAUGAAAAUAAUAAAGAAAAACAAAUAGCUGGCGUAUCUUUAGCAAGUGACUUUUUGCAGAGCAGACUCUACAGCCAUAUGUUGCCCAGCUCUUCCUUCACAGUGACUCCUGCCACCUCUGGACUGCCAAGAGCAUUUUUAGGAGGACCAUAUAUUAAAUAAAUAAAUCAACCCACCAACCCUCACCUCCCCCAGUCACACACACACACACACACACACACACACACACAUCCUCAAUUAUCCGGAUUGGACCAGGCCGAGAGAAAAGCAUGGGCAGAAUGGAACACCCAGAUCUCCAGCAGCCCUUGGUUUGGUUUGAGCUCCGCAUUGUAAAGGAAAUGACUGUGUGAAAAGCUAGACCUUUUUCCUCCUUUCUUUCUUCCUUUCAUUUGGAUAUUUAAACUUUUUUUUUUUUAAAGCCACUGAGACUGACAUCAGUCGACCAUAUGACGAAUAAAUCAAAGAAACUGGAGACUCCUCCCCUUUCUUACUGCAUGACUCAUACUAUGUUGUGGAUAAAUUGCCAUUUGAACUGUGAGAAGUUAAUGUAAAUGUGACGUUCAACAUUUGUUUCCUUUCUACACUUUUUCUACAUUACCCUCAAUCUGCUCCUUAGUUUAUAGCCCUUAUACUGUAUGAUACUUAGAAAAACUGGUUAACAAUAAGCCUUGUGGAGAAGCCAGUGAUUUCAUAAUUGGAAAAGGACCCUGGAGAGAAGCUGCAUGUUAGGGACAGAUGCAUUUAGAUUAGUAUUAAUCUUGAAUAAUUAAAACAAAAGGUGCUUACAUUACACAGAGCUUUAUUUAAUUUUUAAUGUGUGAGAAUAAAACAUUUACUUUUAUUUGUAAGUAAUUCAGUGCCACCUUUCAAGCCUAGAGUGUGAUUGGCAACCAUGUGUUGUUCAUUCUGUUCUGUUAAUUUAGGUUUUGUAUGAGACAUAAAUGUGCUACACUCCAUUGUCCAGCUGGAAUAAUUAAGACCUCCUUUCAUUAAUUUUCUUCCCUUGUCAAGGAAAGUGCAGGAUCUAAAAUCCUAGCCCAGACCCUGAGAAGUGUCCUGAGAUUGCACCAAGUGAGAGAGAACACAGAGCACACAAGGCUCUGUCACGAGCCUGAGUCUGAUCUCACUUACGGACAUUUCACACUGAUGUGACUCUGUUCCCUCCAGCAGUUACUUCAGACCUGCAGUAGUGCAAAUGGGAGGAGAAGCGGGCUCAUUAUGCAGAGAUAAAGAGGACUGUCUCAACAGCCCUUGCCGAAGUUUGAGCAGCCAUUAUAGAUUUUUGUAGGGCAUAAAACAUGACAAAUAAUAACACUGUAGUUAUAAAUAUUGCCUGCAGACAAUAAUUAUCAGGUGGAGAGGCAGACAAGUAUGGCCAUGUCUCAUAAUGGAGAAGACUUAGUGAGGAACAAUUUGACAAGGUAAUAGAAGUAAUGAUACAGUGUGUUCAAAAACGAGUAAAGAUGGGGUGAGGUGGGAAAGGUUAGGUGAGUCAGGCCCAUUCUUAAACAAAUGUGUUAAAAAUGCUGGCCAUACCGGCGAAAACCAAGUUCAACGUGCUGGCUAAUUUAACUCCUGGCGUGUGACGCAAGGUGCAGGCUCAGGGGCUGCAGUUGCAUAUGAGACGCAGUGCACUACGCAAAAAUUCUCAAGCACUCAGAGGUGUCUGGCAUGUAGCCAUGAGGCCCUCCAUGCCACUUUGAUGGGCCACAGGCAGCAAAGAAUAAAACAGACUCAACAUCCUAGUUACAUUCGUGGCAGCGUAUGUAUGUUCCAGUUUCCUGGGAUAGUAGCACUGCCUGCUCAGGAUAGGUCCCAGCUGUCAUGGGAGUCUGCCCAUGAAAAGUUAAGCACCCUUUUCUGAACCAGAAAAGGCUACUUCUUGCUUCCCAAAGGGGUGAAUACCAAGCAGGGCAAGAAAGAGCUGAGCCAGCUGAAAAAGGACCUGUGUUGCUCUAUGGAAAAUAGUAUAACUCAUCUGGAAGACAGAUUUAAAACAAAAGAGGGCAAGAGAGCACUUCUUACAUCCCAGGUGAUUAUUAACUCUCCCCACUUUACUAAACGGGGGGCAACCAGAGCCACAUCUCAUCCAGGGGUGGCAAAGCAAACAAAGCUAUUCAUUCCAAACAAGCACGGGUGGAGCUCAGAAACCAUUUUACACCUUUCUUAAAACCCAGCUUCCAUCCCUAGGAGAAACACUUGAAUUUGCACCUUGGUGAGGUGAGGAAAGGCUCCACUGGGAAAGAAAGUAUACUAAUCUUGCAGGCGAGAUGGCACGUAUGGAGGUCUCCCCUCCGCUCUGCUGCCAUAGCACAGUGUCCCAAGACAGGCAGAAGGGCCCUGUCUCACAAACACACACCCAGUGUUACUUUAUUCUUUCUAUUCCCCUCCAGCCCCCAUUAUUCUGGGCUAACAAAGCUCAAGCCAUCCCCUUGCUACUGCAUGUAGCUCUCCUACCUCGAACAGGAAGUAGCUCAAACUGCAACCUGCCAGCAGUCGGGGUCAAUCACAAUUCCAUGCAUUCUGUAGAGGCAGUUUUGUCUUCUGCAGUGGGAAGCGACUUUACCUGUUGAAGCAGGGGCUUGUGAGCCCAUUGGAUAUCUUCUGCCAAUUGGGAGAAAAAGGCUUUACUACCUUUUUUCUCACCCAGGCACCACCAAUUUUUCCCCUUAUGCUGUACCAAAAAGCACCCCUGCUCACAACAGCUGGUAUCUGUAAAGAACUCAGGUGACCUGGACAUUUACAUUGCUUUAGGGGCCAGAAUUUGAAGCAUUUCUCAUGUGGUACAUUGGAAACAUUUGUAACUACCCACCUCACAGGAUUAAUCCAACUCCCAGCAAAUAUCACUUUUCUCAGAGCAGGAGUGUCUUCACAAGCUCCAACCUCUGAUGUUUAUGGCAUCUAUACACUGUCACAGGAUCCCACCAGUCAGACCUCCUCUUCUUACCAGUGCAGAAUCAAAGGCCAUAAUUAAUUAAUCUUGAGACUGGUCUGAGCAUUGUACUAUGCCCCACAGUCUGGAGACUCCCCUGCUCCAUGUCUACCUCUGGUUCUCGGCUGGAUGUUGAAAAAAUCCAUUUCCAAGAAAGGAAUCAGCAAGCCUACUUUGGAGCUCAAGUAUCGAUAACCCUUCUGAUGCUCUUUGGAUGGCACAUUACCACCUUGGCAUGUAUUGCAAUGUAGGUAUAAAUAUACUCUCGGCUGAGCCUUUGGUGUGUUGUAUGGCAAUGCUUAGCCGUUUGUUCCCCCAUAUUAUGGUCUAGUUGGUGCCAAGCGCAUUGUACAUUCAAUCUCUUGGCCAACAUGGCUAACUAUAUUUCCAGUGCCGGGGUGCAUUGAUGCCAGUCAAACGGGGGGGGGGGGUGCACUUUUGAAAGUAUGGCCAGUCACUUCGAGCAGGCCAGUGAUAUCUGGCAAAGGCCAAAGUUCAUUAAAGCAAAAUAAAUUUGUAGUACGAAUUAUCCCACAGGAGCGUGAUCAUUGUGGUUUUAACCCAGGACCUGCAGUAAAAUAUUAUAAAGCAACCUCUGACCUUUUUGAUUUCUGGUUUACUCUUGUAUUGUCAAGGGAAAUGUCAUUGAUCAGGUGAAAGUAAAAUGUGUAAUGGGCCAUACAGCAGUAAUAUCUUACCCUGAGUCACAUUGAUAAAUUCUUGCCCAAAACUCUUAGCAUCUGGCACUUUCACGGAAACCACAAAUAGUGAUUGUACAUAUGGGAGUUUGAAGGGUAGAGGUCGUGACAGCAGUUUAUUACGUGUACCUUACAGUGAUAAUUCUCUCUAGCAAAUUAACCUCGCUCUAGUAUAAAUACAUCAAGUGAACUCUUCAUAGCAUUUCAAUCAUGCUGUUUUGGCUAAAGAAGGAAUACAGGUUAGGCUAAAGCAGUGACAAGAUGCAAUUAACUAAAAGAAGAUUGAUUAAGUUUGUGUUCACUCAAUAAUAUUUAACGAAAGGUUAUCAUAAUGUGAACAUGCUAAAUGAUAGCUUCCUCCGAAGUCUGUAUUGUGCAAAUGAUCAAUUCUGUGCCCAAAAGUGAUGCUAGCAUACUGCAAUAUUUUCCUGCUGCCAAAUGCGGUAACUGAUUGAUGCAGUAUUUAGCCCCUGUACUCACGGACCUGCAUAUGCUUUUAACCUAGUAACUAGCGUGUUUCCAUUUCAUAGUGUCACUGCCAAUGGAAGAAUUCCCCCACAACGUGCAGCUCAUCUCAGGGCUACACUAACCCCAGUCUCAGUAUGAGGCUGAGGAGAGGGAUUUACUUUCCAAAUAAUUGGCUUUAUGGUGUUAAAUGUGUUUCAUGUCCAACAAGUAGGAGAUAAUUAUGUUGCUGUCAGUAAAAUAACUUUUGGUUUCCAUCUCUAAGCUAAAACAUGUCCCACGAAUCUUGGUCUUUUUUCUUCUUUAAAUGCUUUGUCACCAAAUGUGUCCGCGUUCUAAAGCCCACUUGCUGCUAACCAUGCACAAGGAGUGAGCUCAAGCAUGCUCUCAGUGGCCACUGAAUGUGUUUCACUCUGCUCAAUGUGCAGUGUGAAUAUUGCUGCUGACGGAUAGGCACUAGCCUUCUGAAAGACUCCCUCUCAUGAAGCUGGCAAUGUGUCCACUCUGCAGCACAGUCACUGGUUAGGGAGGCACCUUCAGCCUGGUAAUGCCUUACAGAGUGGUUGAUGUAAUCCACUUCCCUUUCCUUACUGGGUCCAGGAUUCCUCUCCACCUUUUCUAAUGAUCAACGAUAUUUCCAGCCAUACCCCUCAUUCCACCCAGAGCAUCAUGGUGUCUCUGCUCCUGCUGGGCAGAUGGGCCAUUCAAUUUGUGACAUCACCAAAAGUUCCAUGGUGAUGUCAUACUAACAAUAAGACUUCACUACAGGACCAAGGAGAAAGAGAAGCUUCCUCCAAGCACAAGGGUUGGUCACAAGAGCAAAAGGGAAGAGAGGACACAUUAGAGAUUGCAUCACAGCCCUUGGAGCCAGUUCCAGGUACACAAUGCUACAAAGUUCCCAUGUGCUUUACCUCUCUAGCGCCUGAAGUAUUUGGGAAGUGUUAAUGAGCAGCUGUCAUUGUGCAUCUAAGUCCCACUUUAGUGUGCCCUCCUUUCCUAGCACAGUGCCGCUGGGCGGCACAGAUUGCCCGACUAGCACAUCCAUAGCAACUUGAAUUCAGAUCAAGUUAAGUACUUAGCCCACCAUUCAGCAAGGUACUUCAAUACAGGCUUAUCUUUAAGAAAGUUCUUAAAUCCUGUUGGCUUCAACAGGACUCAAACAUGUGUAAGUGCUUUGCUGAAUGCAGGGGGAUGACUUCAUGCUUAACUCCCUUGCUGAAUUAGGGCCUUACUGAAUAACUUGGUAACCUCUAAGUAUAAGCACAGAAUCAUAGAUUGAUUUGCUGAUUCUACUGCAGGCCUUCCUAAUGGUACAGCAUGGCUGCUCUUGGGUUUGCACAAUGUUGUUUUGUUUAGCAGUGACUGUGAAGGGACUUCCAGCUAUUUUGCAGUGGGAACUCUGUUUUUAAGUGGACACCCUUUUUUAGCUGUGUACGGCUGUAUUACUUGUAUAUUUAUAUAUUCUGUAUUUAUGUUACCAAAAUGUAGUAUUUUGUAGCUUUCUGUUACAAUUUGUUUAACUUGUACAAAAUAUGAAUAUGCUCCCUCAUACUUAACCACCUGCCUUUCACAGUAGCUCCCUGCCCCUCGCUCUCUGUGUUGGUAACACGCCACCAUAAUGUGUGUAGGUUGGAUUUUUUUUUAUUUAAUUACUUGUCAUUGUUAAAUUAUUUAUUAGUGUUUUUUAAAUUUCAUUUCACUGCAUUUUUUUCCUGCCACUGUCACCUGGCAGCUAAGGUAUGUGAGAUUCUCAUACAUUGCGUUUCUGCCCACGAAAAAAAAGAGAUUACAUUUCAGUAUAUUUGUAAAUAAAAGCAACCUGU